AUGAGGAGGCUUUUUCGAGAGCCAUAUACCUUUAGAUUCUCGCGCCUUCUUAUUUUGCGUCCUGAAGCGACGCUCGAUCCUUUGCGCUAUCCACUUGGUUAUGUUCCUUUAGACGAUUCUGAGCCCAUUGACAAUGUCUAUUCCUUGAUUAGGGCGGGCCAUUUUGUGGCUCCUUUAAACAAUAUUGAAACGAUUCAUAAAGUUUAUAUUGGGGUCCGAAGUUUGUGUCAGUCCGAAUACCCUCUAGUGGGUCCUCAAGAUAUUGUCAUCUCUCAAGUGAAUGAAAAGGAAUUGAUAAGUCGUAUUCUAAUACGGCGUGACUUCUGGGUCUUGGACGAUUUUAAUAAUCCUGAACUAAAUCAGAGCUUUGGAGUUCAAAAUUAUUAUUUUGAUAACUACAAAUGGUCACAAUUUCUUUACAGGCGAUUUCAGCUUUUUGCUGAAGAGUAUUACCCUAUUUCAGAGCAUUCCCAUCUACAAUAUGUGGAAUAUAUUGAGCUGAUUAAAAGUUUUUUUGUAUUUGAAGAGGGUGCAUCAGUCUAUCCAUUACUUCCCAAGGCUGUUAAACUACACCCACCGUAUGGAAUCAUGUUGCCUUCUCGCUCUUCGCUUGAGCCAAUUAUGUUGCUUAAGCAGUGGUUAGAAAAUUUUAGACCCACCUUAGGACUUAACCGAGCAUUAGUUGUGAACUGCGGCCCAGGGGUGGUACCUUUUACUCUUAAAUAUUUCAAUGUACCGAUCGUUCGUGGUGCCGAUCCACGUCCGCGAGCAAUCUCGAGUUGCCGGAAAGAUGCUACGACUCACCACAAACUAUCAGGUAUUAGUUUUCAGACUGCAGAGCUGUUUCCUCCACUGGAUGAUUUCAACCCACGAAAAUAUGACAUCAUUGUGUUCUAUCCCGAUGAGGAAAUUGUUUCUUCACUAACUGAUUACGCUAGCAAGUUUGCCCCUGGUAUGCAAGGAGUUGCUGGAAGAUUGGAGGAAUUUUUUGAAAAGGCAUCUGACUUUCUAUCAGAGACAGGAGUAAUUGCCAUAUGCUGCACCAACUUGCGUUCUAUUUUGAAUCCGUCCGAGCCGCAUCUUAUUGAGUAUGAAAUCAAGCAAAAUCGGCGUUUCGUAUUAUUAGAUUACUAUGAUGCCCCAAUACGUUAUGGAGGAUUUCUUCGACACCAGUUUUCUGGCCCAAAAGUCUCCGUGGUUUCGUCUUUGAAAAAGAAAAUGCGUUCAGAAUUGUGGAUACUGCAUAAGAUUACUUCAAUUCAUAAGUUUGGGUUCUUCCACCAAAUUCCUGGUGCGAAACCACCACCACAGAGCCAUGAAUGGGGUAGGCGGAAGGCGAGUCUUCAGCGUCAAAAACAUCUCAAAAAUUACGUUGAGAUGAUCGGCGGAGACUGGAAUGACUAUAAAAAACGCUUAAUUCACAUGCUUCAGGAGUCAACUGAUGAACCCGAGGAUGAUGUUGCUGAGGCGGUUCGCAUGGCAUUGGAUCCGACCUAUCCUUUACACCUUUCUCAGCUUGCGAAGUUGGCGAUUGAGGAAAACUUGAAGGAAAAGGCGCAGUUUGAUCACCGAGUUUUGAGUGAUUAUCUCGACAAGUCACCCAGGGAAUCAUUUGACUCCAAGUUUCUAUAG